AGCAAUAACUUAGCCCCUCCGAAUCCUCCAAGUAUUUAUCCGCCUGUUAGGACAUUCGACAUGCGAUCUGGUGCCUCUUCUAUGAUACAAGCAAUCGACGUUACCAAGAUAACCUACGCGGAACCACCACCCCCAUAUCCUGGCUUGCCGAGUGUUCAGUUACCGGAUCCGCCAACUUAUCACACACUUCCUGGCUCAACAAAUUCAGGCUCAACGGCAAACUUAUCAACCGAACCGUUUAGGCCAUACUAUGAGAGUGCAUUACCACUGAAACGUUAA